CGAUCGACAACUUCCUCACUUCUAAUCGAGCCCAGUUACCAAAAAAAUGUCUUAUCAGUUCCGAUAAAAAUAAAUUAAUCCACAAUUUACAGCUGGUCAAUUUAAUGAACUUAUCACCACCACUCGAGCUCUAUUUUGUUUAUUCCGCAAAACAACAGUUAAUCGCGUUAAACACGAUGUAGGUAAGUUAAUGAUCUGCACAGGAAAAUCGUCUCAUCACUUUAUGACACCAAUAACCUUCAGAAAACCUCAUCAUAAUAAUGAUGACGUUAUCUCGACUAUGGCUCCUUACACUCAUCUUCUCGUACGCUCGAUCGAAAGACGAAAAAUUCCUGCAACUCGUAUCCAAACCGUACUUCGUCGACAAAAGCCUUCUGCUGGAAACCCUUCUCUCAGACGAUACACCCGCCCAUCUGUACAUCAGCACUCCACGACGACUAGGUAAAACGACCAUUCUAUCGAUGAUAGAAAAAUUCCUCAAAAUACAAGUGGAUAAGUUCGGAAUGCCCAUCCGUUUCAACGAUACAGACACGUAUCAGAUAUUUAAAAACUUGAAAAUACGUCAAAAUCGAAAACUAUUCUCCUUGCACAUGGCGCAAUAUCCGGUGCUUUCAUUUAGCCUGCAACAGAUCUCCAAACGCACUUAUCGUUAUUCUAUCACUAGUUUGAAUUCAGAGCUGGUCGAAGCUUUGGAUAAUAUUUUAUGGAGCAAGUUUUUGAAACGGUUUUUCGAAUACCAUCGCGAACUAUUUGCUGCCACUCACGAUCGCGAUUUGAAAUUCAUCGGUAAAUUACGUAAAAGGAAACUCAACAGGCACGAGAUGGAAAACGCGUUGUUCGUGUUGAGUCGUAUGUUGUAUCAUUAUUUUGGCAAGACUCCUGUGAUCAUCUUGAUCGACCAUUAUGAUCAGGCUGCUUUGAACUCUUUUCGAUACGAUAACGCUAAUAUCACUUUGACUUACGAUUUAAUUAACAAUAUGGUUCUGCGAGCUCUCAAUCAGGGGCCGAAAUAUAUCAGGAAUAUUAUCAUGACAGGGGUGACCAGUUUACCCUACUCGCAUAGGAGUCUAUUACCGUCCAAAGUUACCCAUAUGCCCUUUCUGGAGGAUCACAUUUUUACUCCAUUCUUCGGUCUUAGCAGAUCCGAGCUUUUCGAGUUAUUCGACAGAUACAGCUGCGACGUGAUCGAGAGAAAAGCGAUUAGAAAAUACUACAAAGCCUAUCAAACUGCGAAUCAAAAGGAGCUCGUCUACAAUACGUAUUCGAUCACUCGAUACUUCAUGAAUAAUAAAGAAUUCGAGGAACCUGAACAACAGGGAUUGGUGAGUUUCUGGAGACAGGCUGAAUUGGAAGAUGGUACUUUGCCAUUAAUCUACAGCGAUCCUUUCCGAAACCAGAUCAAACAGUUGUUGGUAGAUCGUUCGAUAAACUACACGAUGCUCAAGUAUCAUCACAAAGAAUCCCUUUUCCAACUGCAGCGUCAACGAGAAUCACGAUUCAAGAAUUUCGAAAGACGAUCGAUGAGUUUAUUCCUCAAGAUUUAUUUCGAAUUUGGGUAUUUGGGUUAUGGUCCCGAAAGUGAUAUUUAUAUUAUACCCAAUAUAGAAGUACGACAAAUACUCAAGCACCAGCUUAGGAAUUAUCAACAGGAUAUGAUGGCUAUUACUGAGUCGAAAACUAAAACAACCAGUGCAGUGGUUCGAGAAGAUGAAGAUUAUGAGGAGAUGAAUGAUGGUUCGUCAUAUGAAACAAACGAAGAUCGCGAUCAAGAUUACCAACAGUCGGAUGACGAGCAGAGUGAUGAUUAAAUGGUCUGGGUAUUGAGAUUUUACGAACUCGAUAUUGAUAGGUACCAUUUUGAUAGUAUUAGUUUGCAGAGUAUUUCCUAAAUGUAAUUUAGUUUGAUAAGAUUUAAAUUUUGACGUUUUGAAACUCCCUCAUCAUUAAAUCAUUUAUUCAAGUAA